AAAAAUUAAAAGAAGAAGAGAAAGAACGCGUAAUUUCCCCUGUUGGCAGUAAACAGGAAGAGCACUGAUACUAUAAGGAGACGGCUAUUGAAAGAAAAUGGAGGGUUUAAAGUUUUCUAGCAACACUAUGCAGGUGAGUUUUGUGUGCCAGCGCUGCAGUCAGCCACUGAAGCUCGACACAUCUUUCAACGUUUUAGACAGACUGACUAUCCACGAGCUCACAGCUCCAUUGUUGACAGUGGCAGCCAAUAAACAUUCAGAAAGCAGUGAGGGCAGCCGUUUUCCUGAAGAAACAUUUUUGGAGAGCAAACAGGAUGGAGUGGCUCGGAAAUAUAUCCCACCCGCAAGGAUGAUGUCAACCGAAAGCGCAAAUAGUUUCACUCUAAUUGGAGAAGCUUCAGAUGGAGGAACUAUGGAGAACUUGAGUCGUAGACUGAAAGUGACAAGUGAUUUGUUUGAUAUCAUGUCUGGUCAGACAGACAUUGAUCACCCACUAUGCGAGGAGUGCACUGACACACUGCUGGACCAUCUGGACACACAACUCAGCAUUACAGAAAAUGAGUGCCAGAAUUACAAGAGCUGUUUAGAGUUGCUGUCUCAACUACCUGAAGAGGAGGAGUCUAGACUGCUGAAUUCACUGGAGCAGUUGAAACAAGAGGAGGAAUCUCUGAUCCAGGAGCUGGAGAGCAUUGAGGUGCAGCGUGAGGCCGUGGCUAAAGAGCUCGCCCAGGGACGCAAUCAUAGCCAGCUGAUGGACACAGAUGAGCUUCAGUAUCAGAAGGAGUACUGCGAAUUUAAGAGACAGCAGCUGGAGCUGGAUGAUGAUCUUAAGAGUGUGGACAAUCAAAUGCGUUACUGUCAGAGUCAGCUGGACAGACUCAAGAAGACCAACGUUUUCAAUGCCACCUUUCAUAUCUGGCACAGUGGGCAGUUCGGAACAAUAAAUAACUUCCGCUUAGGCAGAUUACCCAGUGUACCAGUGGAGUGGAAUGAGAUCAAUGCAGCCUGGGGUCAAACUGUACUUCUGCUGCAUGCACUUGCUAACAAGAUGGGACUAUGCUUUCAGAGAUAUCGACUUGUUCCAUACGGAAACCAUUCCUAUUUGGAAUCUCUCACAGAUAAGUCCAAGGAGCUGCCAUUGUAUUGCUCAGGUGGUCUACGCUUUUUCUGGGAUAAUAAAUUUGAUCAUGCUAUGGUGGCCUUCCUAGACUGUGUCCAGCAGUUUAAAGAUGAGGUGGAGAAGGGUGACACAGGCUUUUGUCUGCCAUAUAGUCGCUUCAGGAUUAAUGGUAUCUGGAUCUUUUGUCACAAAAAAAUACAAGAAGACAAAUACAUUUUUGAACCACAAAGGAAUGAGCAACAGCUGAAUUAUUUUGGACAUGAAUGGAUGUGGACAAAGGAAAGAUUGAGGACACUGGAGGCAGUGGAGGUUCGUACUCUAUUAAGACCCAGUUUAACUCAGAGGAACAGUGGACCAAAGCCCUGAAGUUCAUGCUCACUAACCUGAAGUGGGGUCUGGCCUGGGUUUCCUCACAGUUUUACAACCGUUAGAAUUCAUUUUGACUCUGACACCUGAUCAACGACACCAGGAAACCACAUUAAAUCUUUACAGCACUAAGAGGAGAAUUUACCCAAUUGAAAUCUUUGUGUGUUUUUUGUGUUUGCCUAUUAAUCAUUAAAUCAGUAAUGCAAA